GCUCCCGCACGGCAUCUCGGGAGUUGUAGUUCUCCCCGCGGCGCGACAUGGCGGCCGUGCGGGCGCUGCCGGCCCUCGCCGCCGCGCUGCUCCUUGCUGCCGCCGGCCAGGCCAGCAAAUACUCCCGGGAGGCCAACGAGGGGCUGGCGGGCGCCGACGGCAAGCGGCGGGAGGCCGGAGAGUUCCGGGUGGUGAGGCUGAACCAGAUCUGGGAGAAGGCGCAGCGGGUGAGUGGCGCGGCGCGGGGCGAUGGCGGUGCGCGGAGGCAGCUCCGAGGCCGGGCCCGGCCGCUUCAGACACUCAUUCCCCGUCAGGGAGAUGGGGAGGAGCGGGGACCUGUGUGUGAGGAGAGGCCGAGGCUGCCUGGCCCCGGCUCGGGGCUGCGGUGGCUUUUGUUCUGUUCUCGGGCAUGGCUGUCUCGACCGUCACGCAGCGAGCGCUCCGCUCAGCCCCGCUGUGCCGGCGGCGGGGAGCAGCCUUGCCCGGGAGAGGAGAUGUGUAAAGCAUCUCUCUUCAUCUUUUAUAGAGGCUGGGCAUUAAAAGCAUUGUGUCCAGAUUUUCAUUUUGUUAUAUGUGUUUGUUUAGAAUUUGAAGAACCAAGAGUGAUUGAUUUGUGGGACAUGGCCAAAUCAGCUAAUUUCACUGAGAAAGAACUUGAAUCUUUUCGGGAGGAGCUGAAACAUUUCGAAGCAAAAAUUGAAAAGCACCAUCAUUACCAGAAGCAAUUAGAGAUUUCACACCAGAAACUGAAGCAUGUAGAGGGAACUGGAGACAAGGAUCAUCUAAACAGAAACAAAGAGAAAUAUGCCAUGCUGCAAGAAAAGACAAAAGAACUAGGAUAUAAGGUAAAGAAACACUUGCAAGACUUAUCCAGCAGAAUCUCUCAAGGUCUUCAACACAAUGAACUAUAAGAAUUUGUUCUGCUUCAUGGGAUCAGUCUGUUAACACAAAGCAGUUAAUGUGAUUUUUUGAACAGGACUUACCAAGGAGUCCUUCUGAAAUAGUAAGGAUUGAACAGAGUGUCCUGUAAGAUUUUUUUUUGUCUACUUCAUUACCAAUUUUGUAUUUGCACUGUAAAAAAAUUAAAUGAUUAGAUUAAAUAUUUAGGUUGCACAUCUUGGAUCAUAAAAAUCUUACAUCUGAAUCAAGUAGCAGCCUUUGAAAUAAUCAGUUUUGUCAAAAGAAAAAAUAUGUGAACUCUCAAAGGAUUUCUGCUAGUAAAAAAAUACUAAUCUUAUAAUCAGGUAAGGUAUUCUGAUCAAUGAAAGCAAACACUGAGGUACAGAAAGGUUAAGCAGAGGCCUGAAAAGUCUUUAUUUCAAUCCUUGGCCUAUUACAUUUCCUACUUAAGGUUACAAAAAUAUUUUUACUGACUUUGAGCAGUGGCUCAGAGCUGCACUGCUGCACUGUAUAUUAAUCUUUCGUGUGAGAGGGGGAGGGAGUAACGAGGGAACAAGUACUGAGGUCAAUUUGCACAGUUUAGUUAUUGACUAACAUGUGUGUGUACAAUUAUCUUCUUCAUGGUUGCUUUGGUUUUGCUACACUUGGUCAUUAAAAAAUCAAAACAAA